GGAGGAGGAGGAGGGCAGUCACUGCUUUGUUUUUCUUCACAGGCGGCCUCGUUUCUAGACUAAAACAAACUUGAACCUGUAUGUUAGCGAAACCUGCACUCGUCUGGAGAAAGAGGCGUCGCGGACGGUUUUUUCAGCGCUCGUUCCUUUUGCCUUCUUGAAGCGGGGACGGCAGCAAACGAGUAUUUUGGAGACGAACUAAUGCGUCACGACAUUACGCACCGAGAAACUUUGAGAUGUUGACUCGCUGGAGCUUUGCUGCGUUCACGUGUCGAGCUCUAGUUCCUUUGUUGCUGUCAGUCGCUACAGGGGUCCUGGGCAGCAUGUUGAGAGGCUGAGGACUUGAACUGGACGUUCUAGAGGAACAUCGUCUUUAACUGAGCACAAAUAGAUUAUAUGGCGCUGAACAGAUAACUGUCAAUAAGGAAGAAACAAUAAGAAGAGGUGGGUGUCUCUCGCACGGAAUGGGUGGUAAACAGAGCAGCCCGGUGUUUGACGGCAGAACUCGAGCGUAUUCCAGCUCCGAUCUCCCUUCUGGUAACUCCAGCGGCGGUGAAAGGUUUACUGGGUUUCGGUACACCAAUGGACCCGACGGCCCACGGAUUCGGUACACUGGCGGAGGACCCACCAGCUCUGGGCUGAGCAUUCCAGCUGGACGGUCCGGUUCUCAGGUUCUCGACCAGAGCCUGGAUGGCACUGAUGGGGACAAUGAUGAGACCCCCCCUGAGGGCCACCGGCUGCUCAUCGGCUCCCUGCCGGCCCACCUGUCCCCUCAUAUCCUGGCAGGGUUCCAUUGUCCACUCUGCUCCAAGUUCAUGCCUUCCGAGGAGAUCGAGAAGCAUCUCCUCAUGUGCUUCAGCAAGACGCGCCUCUCCUACAACAAGGACAUCCUGUCCAGAGACUCUGGGGAAUGUACCAUCUGUUUGGAAGAGCUGGAGCAGGGAGACACCAUCGCCAGACUGCCUUGCCUCUGUAUCUACCAUAAAGGGUGCAUAGAUGAGUGGUUUGAGGUGAAUCGCUCCUGUCCGGAGCACCCAGCAGAGUAGUAGCUGUCGGAGAUUUCCUACUGUGGGCCACUGUCAUUAACAGGGCCCCCCCACUUCACGUUAACAUUGUUCCAGUGGUUGAAACAUUUCUGUGCUCUUCAGGGAUGGUCAAACAUUUGAAUGGACUUCAUUUACCCAACAGCAGUGGACUCCUUCUUUAUUGCUGCUGUGAGAAUGCUGUCGUGGGAUACUCAGUCAUCCACCGAUUGCUUCCUGAUAAUAAAUGAAUGUUCCUUCUCCUCUGCUGAUGAGAAUCAAGCUGAACUACUGAUGAAGAUAUUGUGUCAAUGAGGAAGCCACGUGUCUUUGUAGUUCAGGAAGAGUUGUCUGUGAAAUGUGAAUUCACUAUGAAAGUCAAUAUCAGCUUUAAAUGUAUGAUUACACAGCUCAGUACAGUAGAUUAUUUUAAUCACCGUUGUUUCUUAAACAUUUUCAAUGUUCUAGACCAAAUAGUCUUAAGAUGAAACGGUCAAGUAAGUUAAUGACUUUCAGACUAUUAAGAACCACGUGCGUGAUUGUGUAGGUUAGCGGUGAGAAAAGGCUCAGACAUAUCUAAUGGUAAAUCAAACUCUCAAAAUAAAGAGUGCCAUAAUAUGCUGCUAUGUCAUAGACUGGAAAACUUUCUAUAACCUUUGAAUCUUUGUAUUGUCCUUAUUUGUAUUGUAAUGAAUUGCACAAUAAAUGUUUGUCAAUGUGUAUGUUUGAAUUUUUUUUUUUUUAAUAGAACUGAGUGAACGCAUGUUGUGACAUGAUCGGGUGGAUCAUUUUUUUUUGAAACAUUUGUGUGGAUAUA